AAUUCGGUACAGACUUUUCCUACUUACGAGACAUAAGAAUGACAGAAAGAGAAAGUAAAGUAACAUCAGUAUCACUUUAUUCAGAGAAAGUUGCACAUUUAACAUUACUAGUCUCAAAAUUCGGUUUCUUCAUCCCCCCUUGUUGCUGCUAGAAGGUAUAUCAGGAAUAAUUACAUAAAAAUGCCCGUAAAUUUGGCUUCGAUUGGAAAGAACUCGGUGAAAAUGGUCCCAUCCAUGAAAGAGGUCAAACUGGAAUCAUUGUGGGCCGAACAAACCGUUGUGGUCACUUUCUUUCGACGAUUCGGAUGCGUUUUUUGUCGUCAGGGGGCUAAGGAGUUGUCUCUCUUGACCCCUUUGCUUGCAUCACACAACGUCAAGAACAUUGGCGUUGGUCUAGAAGAGUUUGGGCUAGAGGAGUUUGUGGAGGGCAAAUUCUUUAAUGGCGACUUGUAUGUAGACAUAGAAAAGAAAACAUACCAGGAUCUUGGAUACAAAAGGUAUGGCACUUUUGGAGUCAUGAUGAGUUUGUUCAGUAAGACAGCACGAGAUGCACUAGCCAAAAACAAAGUGGAUAAGCUUGAGAGCAAUCUGAAAGGGGACGGGCUUCAAACUGGUGGCACUCUCGUGAUUACGAAGGGAGGUGACCAAGUUUUGCUGGACUACCGACAAGAUAAUCCUGCAGAUCAAGUUGAUACGGCUGAGAUCCUGCGAGUGCUUGAGAUCCCCAACCCAGCGGCCAAAGACGACGCCAAACACUGAUUACAAGCAGUCAAUAAAUUACUUGUAAUAGUGGAUACAAAUAAGUCAACAGUAUAUGUGGUUUUAUUCAUGACUUUCACAGGUGCAAUGGAAAUAUACCCAAGCCUGUGGGACGAUCUUUAUUAUGAAACUUGUGAAUAUAUUGUUGAUUAUUUCAUUAAUACGGUAGCAGUACAUAUUAAAGGGGCGACGUAUUAUUGUCGUUGUCGAUUAAAGCUGAGUAGACGAAAUAAAGCUACCGACUUUCCGAACUGUACUACCCUCCUUAGAUCAUGUUUAUUAGAACUGUGUCAUCAAUUAAAAAAUAUGCCAAUAAAUCAUUUGAAAAGAGUGAAA